GUCAUCACCACUAGUAAACAUGGCGUUCUUACAAAGACUUCGGGGGCUUCUUAUUUUCACCGUUUGUAGCAGUUUUAUUACCGGAGCCUUGUCAAUACUUAACUUAGAUGAACUACACAAUAAUAAAUAUGGAAUAGAAAUUACAAAUGUUCCAGUAUUGCUACGAGAGGAUUCAGAUAUUUCAGAUUCAAUGUUAAUAUCCUCUAAACAUGGCCAACAGUAUCAGUGUACACUGCCACAAAUAGAGACAGAAGAGACCAUCAAGGAUGCAAGGACAGACUUUACAACAGAAGAAGUCACAGAUCUUUUGAAAUCCAUGCAAAACAGAUGUUUAUAUCAUAAUAAAGGUUGGUGGAUGUAUGAAUUCUGCUAUGGGAAAUCCGUUUCACAAUACCAUGAAGAAGCUAAUAAAGUAGUUGGAGAGAAGAUGUCUUUAGGAGUUUACAGUUCUGAAACAGACUGGAGCAAGGAAAAAAUUGAGUUACCUUAUUCAAAGAACAGUUCUAAAAGGUUCCAUUCACAGUUCUUUGUAAAUGGUACAAAAUGUGACUUGAAUGGAGAGCUUAGGAGUACUCAAGUAAAGUUCAAGUGUGAGCCUGAUAGCCAAGAUCACGUCACCAUGGUAGAUGAACCAUCCUCGUGUACCUACGUAGUGGUAGUACACACAGAAAAGCUCUGCAACCAUCCAUUAUUCAAACCACCGGCAGACAAUAAGCCGUUACCUAUAACCUGCUCUCCUGCUCUGCCUCAAGAUCAUUAUCAAAUGUACCUUGACACACUUGAACGUGAGAAGAAAGCAAAAGCAAAAGCUCUAGCAGACAAAAUCAAAAAGUUGCAAGAACUAGAUGAAGAUGAGGACAUGUUUGAUGAUAUUACUUGGGGAAGUAAGGAAAGAAAACCUCGUAAAAGUGAGCUUUGGCCAUGGAAUAACCCUGGGGUGGAGAACAAUGAUGAAACAUGGCUCAGUGGGAACAUAGGAAAGAAGUCUAUUGGAGUCAGUAGAAUGGAUAUUAUCAAAGGACGCAUAUUAAAGAAUGAUGAGGAUGUGACUGGGCAAGAAAGGACUGUUACCAUCACGAGUAGAGGAAUGAACCAAGAUAGAAAACCUGCCAAGAACAAUGCUGAGGCUGUUGAGGGAAACGUGAAAAAACAACAGAAGCAAGAAGACAGCUCAAACAUGAAAACAAAAAAACAACAAACAAACAAGGAUACAGAUGGAACAGAGGCUGUCGGUAAAGACAUAAAGGAAGGGAAUAACGAAGAUAUUCAUGCAGAUAAUGUCAAGGAAGGAGGUAACAAAGACAUAAAGCUUGGUGUAUUUACACCAACUUCGUCUUCUAAAGUCGUCGGCAAAGUGAAAGAAGAUGAAGAAAGCAAAACUACUAUUGAUGGGGAACAUACACUACAAGAUGAUUUAACUAAACAGCAGAGUAGUGAACGUAAACAGAAGAAAAAGAGAAGCCUGGAAGAAGAAUGGAAGGAAGCACUAACCAAGGCCAGGGAUCACUUUCAAAGUGUAGUUCGUAAACAGCUGGAAGGAAUGGGUGUGGACCCUGAUGAACUUGAAGAGAGAGUCAAAUUCAUGAAGGGAUUCAACAAACCCAUGAAGACCACAGUGCCGGACAAGAAGAAACCAGAAACAAAAGAAGAAGACCAAGAUCAGAAGAAACAAGAAGAGAAAACGAAGAUGACGUUAGAUCCCACCAUAGAUGGACUCAAAGCUGCUGUAGAUAAAAAACUAGAGAAUCUGAUGCAAUCAGUGACACAGAAGGAAGAAGAAGGGAAAUUGGAAAAGAACAGCAAAGAGAAGCGAGUGUUGGCAAACAUCAAGAAAAUCAUGCAAGGAAUGGAUCACCAGAAUGUGUUACUCAUGAAAAAAGAAGAGACCCUACAAAGAGAACUCGAAAACCACUUCGAGGAACUUCGAGAUCGCUUCAACAUGGAACUCACCAUAAUGAAGAGGUUGAUCGACGACAUUGAGCAAAAAAGGAUUGAUGCAGCUGAAGGAGAGGAGGAAGACUAUUUGAAGAAUAUUGUGGAGAAGUUGAAGACAUCUGUACAUCGCUUUGACGCCUCAAACAAGGCUUUAUCCAAAGACAUGGAAGCUGUAAAGGAACUAAACAAAGAGGUCCACAACAAGAUUGAUGACCUGGUUGCAGGAAAAGAAGGCAACAGGAACAACAAAGGGUCUGAUUUCUUCCGUUUAGCGGCAAAAGCAAACCUGUUGUUGCGAAGACUUCUGCAGAGAAGUGCUCAGCUCGACAAGGACAUGCGAGCAAUGAAAGAAGUAAGUGACGAUAUCAAGGCCAGAAAGGAGGAAUACUUUGAUGACUUUAGUGGUGAAAAGAGCGCUGGUUUAAAAGAGAAUGCUGAACUUGAAAAAGAAGCGGAGUUAAGGUUGAGCAGCAUCGUGCAAAGGUUAAAGAAAAUGUUUAAGGGGUUAAAUGAAGGGAAUCUGGAAACAGACGACAAAACAGGUAAUUUUGGAUCUGAAGAUCCGAUAGAAAACCAAGACAUGGACGCCACAGGAAUCCCACCAUUUAGCGACGACAGUAUAAGGGUGCGUGUUACUAAAAUAAAAGGCGAUGAUGGCAAGACUGCUUGGUCAGAAGGUGAUGACAAGGAGAAAGGAAAAGCUGAAAAUGAAAUGGGAGUUGAAGAACGUCUGAUGAGGGCUUCUAAAAGAAUGGAAAAAUUGGUCAAGAAGCAGUUAAAAAGUGCUGGAAUUUCUCCAGGAGGGAAAAUUCGUGUGAAGAUUAUAACAUCACGAGAUGCACUUGAUAACCUUGGCAGUAACAAAGGCACGGAGUUACUGAGUGAUGAAGAAACAAAUCAGUUCAAGGACAUGAUUAUGACCCUCAUGGGUGGGAGUCCUGAAGCUGGAAAUGAAAGGAAGAGACAAGCAGAAUUAGAAAACAACUAUAAUCUUGUUUGGGGUGAAAAUAAAAUGAAGAAAGCACCACCAGAACAAGAUGAAGAACCUGAUGCUGAACUUGUUUUUGAUGACACAGAUGGAUUUUAAUAUGAAAAAUAGAUAAAGGAAAUAAUUUAUAUUAGGAGCCAGAAAACAUUUCUUAACAGCGGUUGACUUGUACUAUAAGCUAAGCUUACAGUUUGAUCCCAUGCAACCUGUGAAAUAGUCACUAGUCUAAUAUCUUAGCAGAUACAACAAACUAAUAGUUGCUAAUGAUUUGAAGAUAUCAAAAACAAAAACAAAUAAAAAAACACUCCAAUGCAAGCAGACAUAACCGCAUUAGCCAUUCCAAGGUUGCAUUGCAUUGUGGGGCUGGUUAAAGGGACAUUUUCCAAGAUGGCACCUAUUUCAUCUCCUAACUGGCCCACAAUGAACUGCAAAUACCAAAUCAACCCAGUUUUUCCAUCAACCUCAGAAUGGCCUAAUGAUUUGACACUGAAGUUAUCUUAUAUUUAAUGCCAUUUGAAAUGCAUUAUAAGUUUAUCACUCCUGCACAUACAAAAUAGGUGCAACCAGAAAAUUCUUUGUUUUGCUUGUUAUUUCAUUAGAAAUAAUUCAGCAAGGCACUCCAAUKUAAUCAAAGAAUACUAAAGCUUUUAUUAUUUAUUACUAAGACACAUACAGUGUUCUUAAAGAACUGUAAAUUUGUUAAUUUAAAUAAAUUUUAUAAAACUAUUUAAACAAAUGAAGUUCACUUAUCCAGUUACUGACAACUGCAGAAGAGUAAGUUAUACACUGGAUCAAAAUAUGGUAACCAAUUCUAAUAACUAUAGCGCAGCGCACUGAUUCUAAGAAUAGCUUAAAGAUUCGGACAAACAUUGCAUUCUGUUUAACCGCUACAAGGAUUAUACGAACCAAUUUUAUUAUUUUUACUUAAAGUUACGA